UUAGGGGGCAAAGGGCAUACCCUGAUACUGUUAACUAGGCCGAGAGCCAGGAGGCGGGAAGAGGUUGUGUGGGCGGGGUCAGGGGUAAGAGGUCAGAGGUCUGUGAAGGGGGCGGAGCGAGCUGGAGGCGGAUGGCGGUUACGGCGGCUCAACAUCUUUGGCGGCAGAGGUGCUGAAGCGGGGAAGCGGGUCGGUCGUACGGUGGAGGAAGGAGAGCGGCGGCCGCUCCCAACAUGCACAGCCUGGCAACGGCUGCGCCUGUGCCCACUGCACUGGCUCAAGUGGAUAGAGAAAAGAUCUAUCAGUGGAUCAAUGAGCUGUCCAGUCCUGAAACGAGAGAAAAUGCUUUGCUGGAGCUAAGUAAGAAGCGAGAAUCUGUUCCUGACCUUGCACCCAUGCUGUGGCAUUCAUUUGGUACUAUUGCAGCACUUUUACAGGAAAUUGUAAAUAUUUAUCCAUCUAUCAACCCACCUACCUUGACAGCACACCAGUCUAACAGAGUUUGCAAUGCUCUGGCAUUACUGCAAUGUGUGGCAUCACAUCCAGAAACCAGAUCAGCAUUUCUCGCAGCACACAUCCCACUUUUUUUGUACCCCUUUUUGCACACUGUGAGCAAAACGCGUCCCUUUGAGUAUCUUCGGCUCACCAGCCUUGGAGUUAUUGGGGCCCUGGUGAAAACAGAUGAGCAAGAGGUAAUCAACUUUUUAUUGACAACAGAAAUUAUCCCUUUGUGUUUGCGCAUUAUGGAAUCUGGAAGUGAACUUUCUAAAACGGUUGCAACAUUCAUCCUCCAGAAGAUCCUCUUAGAUGAUACUGGUUUGGCUUAUAUAUGUCAGACAUAUGAGCGUUCCUCCCAUGUUGCCAUGAUCUUGGGUAAGAUGGUCCUGCAGCUAUCCAAAGCGCUUCCUGCCCGUCUGCUGAAGCAUGUAGUGAGAUGUUACCUUCGACUUUCAGAUAAUCCCAGGGCGCGUGAAGCACUCAGGCAGUGCCUCCCUGACCAGCUGAAGGAUACGACCUUUGCCCAGGUGCUAAAAGAUGACACCACCACGAAGCGCUGGCUUGCACAACUGGUGAAGAACCUGCAAGAGGGCCAGGUCACCGAUCCCCGGGGUAUCCCUUUGCCCCCUCAGUGAUCUUCCCUUACCCCUCCCACUAUUCCCCGAAGUUGGGGAAGGGAAGGGGAACCUAUGAGGAAAAACAGCUCAGGUUUUAUCGCCGAUGGAAUAGACAACCUCAGUGCUGAACUGCGCUGGAGAAAGGGGCAAGGUACCCCUGCUGAGGUGUAUGGGCUGCCAUCUCACGCUGCCUGAGGACCUGGGCUCCCUCUGCUACUCCCAGGAAAUGGGCUCCUGUCACAGCAGUCUGCCACCACAGCCCCAGGAGGGUGUCAACACCAGCAAAUGCUGUAUUUGCAGCAUGCCCAAGAUGACCCUCUCCCCCACCUCUACAUAGCCACUGGCAGAGAGGGGAGACAGUGGUGAUAGCAGCAGCACUCUAGGCAUGGUGAACGCCUGGGACCAAGCCUUGUGGCGAUUUUUUAUUUUGCCUUCCUGGAAGACUCAAAAUGUGUCUCUUCAUUCUCUCUCUCAGUAUUUGUUUACUUUGCUUUUUGGUUUUUAAUCUCAGAGAGAGGUGUGUUUAGUGGGCACAAGCUGUAAUAUUCAGCAAAACUUUGUCAAUUGGCACUGUUUACAAGUCUGUUAGCUGCAUAAGCUCAAUAAAAAGUUGGUCUGGGCAUUACAUCCCCUCUGGCAGGCCAAUAGCUGCAUCGAGCUGUUGGGAGGAAUGGGAGGCAGGGGAAAGAUGUAAAGCCAAAGGACACCCACCGCCCAUUUCCCUUCUCCGAUUCUCUUCUCCUAUUCUACUCUCAGUCCUGAAUGCCACAAGGACCUUAACCUUGUUUCUGGCUUUAGCUGCUAGCUUUUCCAAAUCUUAGUACUUUUCCUUUCUAUUACUUUCCUCCUAUUAAACUUAAAACAGACGUCUUAAUU